GCGGGAGUUGAUGAGGAAGUGUUGUAGAAGCCUUUCAUGUCUUUAGCAUGUUUCAUGUUUUAAUCAUCAUCAUCCAGUGAUGGAUUCAGCGCUGUCAGCUGUCACAGAUAAACUGGAGACUAAGAUGGAGAUUUGUAGAGCAGAUUACAGAACCAUUGCCAAAUUCAUAGAGCAGCUGCGACCCACACGACAGUGUAUGAAGAUCCUGAAGACACAGUUUCCACAUCUUUGUGCAUCCACUCUUCUGAGCAUCUUCUCCCAGGAGUACCAGAAGAGAAUGAAGCGCAGUAUUGCGAGACAUCAUGCCCCUGACGUGGUUAAAGGAUACUACCAGAGGUACCGCAGUGAAGCUGAGACGCGUCCUACAGCACCCGUUCUGCUGGAGCUCGCCAACCAGGUGGACAUGUCUCCUGCUCUGUUGGCUCGUGUGGUGGUGGAGUGUUUUGUGGAGGAGACUGAAGGUGCAGUCCCUUCCAGACACGUUCUCAACAACAUGCUGCGAGAGCCGUAUUUAAUUGCAGACCGGCUGUUGGCUAAACAUGUGGAGCAGUGCACAGUUAAUGACUGCUGUUAUGGACCGCUGGUGGACUGCAUCAAACAUGCUAUUGGUGUGGAACAUGAAGAAAUUCUACGAGACAAACUGAGGGACAGAAAGCUGUCGUUUUUAGAUGAAAACCAGCUGCGGGCCAAAGGAUAUGACAAGACACCUGACAUUAUUCUAGAGGUGCCGAUAGCUGUUGAAGGUCAUAUAGUUCACUGGAUUGAGAGCAAAGCUUCAUUUGGAGAUGAUCACAGCCAUCACACUUACCUGAAUGAACAGUUCUGGAGUUACUGCAACAGGUUUGGUCCAGGUUUGGUCAUCUACUGGUACGGCUUUAUAGCAGAACUGGACUGCCAGCGUGACCGAGGCAUCCUGCUGAAAGAGUGCUUCCCUUCAGACAUCAUAACCCUAUGUCAUGGGGCGGGACAGAGCUGAAGCCACUCGUGGGUGAUGGUGCAGCUCAGGAGAGGCGUGACGGGGGUGUUUGUUGGUAUGGAUGUGAAUCCAGAAGCAAUUUAGCUUUCCUGCAGAGCUAGACUCCUAGCAAAUAUGUGCUCUGAACUCCAUCUGAACUCCUGCAGGCCAGGGUCACCAUCAUACCCUUGUGCAAAAACGGUCAAAUCCUGCCGGAGCUCGAACAGAGGAGAGGGCGGGUAACAGUCCUGUUGUACGUCACUCCACCCUGUAAUCUGUGCCAGGGCAACAGCGAGUCAAUCUUAUCUGCUCUGAUACGCCAGGGCGUCUCUGAUGACUGUUUGCUAAUAUUUCUCACCCUUUCAUGUUUGCUCAAAAGGAUCAAUAUAUGUUUGUUACUCAUUCACCUACUUGUUUUUGGUUUGUUUUCAAGUUGUCUUGGAUAUGAGAAAUGUAAUAA